AUGGUCUCCUCGUCUGGUGCGUCUCAUUCGAGCGAGAGUAAUACUAGCACGAGCAGAGGUACUGCUCGUGGGAGUCUUCUUCUUCGAGGAGGACGACCAAGAAGAAGGGAAAAGAGCAAAAGCCUUUGCACGACGGCAACACGCGCACCAACGAGAGAAGAAGAACGAGACGAGUUUGAAGAGGAGAGGAAGAUAAAGAAGGGAGAACAACAACGACGAAUAAUUGGAAACGAGAUGAUGACAUCACUGUCAACGGCUGCGGCGUUUUGGAUGAAUACACAAAACAUCGCGAUGGCAAACGCGGCGGAAACGUUUGAUGACGCAGAGGCGGCGAUAGCAUCAUCAAAUCUCGUGGAAACGAUGAUGAUGGAAACGACGACGAGUUCAUCCGGCAACGCGGGGUUAGAAUCUGUCCGCCUCGUCGUCGCGGUGAGCGCCAUCGCGCUGAUUCUCUUCCAAGGCCCAAAAGGGGACGGGGUGGUGAACAAGCUGAGCGAGAAGCGAGUGUUUUCCUCCGCGAAGAACGCGAAGAGCGCGGUGGAUUACGUGACGUACGCGUUGAUUGGAGGGUUUAUAGUGUUGAGCGCGGUGUUAGCGGUGGGAUGA